AUGGCUUCAAGUUUGGGUAUGACAUGGGCAGCCCUGCUGAUUUCGGCAUCUGUUCUCAUCUUCAUAAGUGUCCUGAUUUUGUUCUUGAGCACCAUGCGAUCAGUUGCGAAGAACGAGAGGAGAUUCUUAUUCAAAGACACCAGUAUUGUAGUCGGCGUAUAUACGGUCGUUUGCAUGUGCAGCGUGUUCACCUUGUCAAUACCAAGAGCCCAACCAUUAUGCGAAGCUGUAUCACAAGUUGUUUUUAUGAUAGCAGCUUAUAGUUUUUAUUCUCUGCUAGUCAAAAAUUGUUCCAACUGCGAUGGUGAAUUAAGGGAUGUGACAGAAAAUACCGAAAAGGCGUCGUCUCUUGCAUAUGCCGAAGGAAGUAGUUUUUGCUGCGAUGGGCCUCAAAGCCAGAUGUUAAAAUCAAUUAAGAGCAAACGGCGGGAUGAUGCGUGGCUCGUGCUGCAAGCUCCUCCUUGCUGCUGUUGGCCUUUCUGUGGACGACUUUUACCAGAAAGACCAUUGAAAGUAUGCCACAUUACUAAUUUGGGAUAUUUGGUAUUACAAAUGCCGUUUACUACAUCUGUAGUAUACUUUGUUCUUCUAGUCAUGGCAUCUGAACAUCAGAGAAUCUACAACACAUAUUACCAAUUUCUUCAACCAAUAUGCUUGGCUUCUAUAUUACUUGGCAUUUACGGAAUAAAUGUUACUUUAAAAUUGGCAUCUGCAGUGUUACCAGAGAGGCCUCUGCAGAAUCGGUUCCGGUGUUUGCAGUUAGUGUUGAUCAGUACGAAGUUGCAGGCGUUGCUCAUCCGGUUGCUUGCCAGCAACGGGGUCGUGCCAUGCAUGCCGCCAUUGGCGCCGGCGCUUGUCUCAAAUUUAAUUCAGAAUUCGCUGGUUCUCUGUGAAAUGCUGCUUUUAGCUGUUUGGGCGCGUUUUAUUUACAGAAAUCCAGUAUCCAAGCAGGAUGAAAAUACCCCUAUAAAUAUUGCAGUAAGUGCAAGAAGCGACAACAACAACGCUGUUUUAGGAAAUCCUCAAAUUGCAAGGCCUUGGACUGGAUCGAAGGAUAAUGCUUUUGUGAUCGAAAAUCAGUACGGAGAUAUGACUAGUCCAGUAAAACAAGCGGCCAGAUCUACCAGAGACAACACCAGGAGUGAUGUGCACAUGUAG